CGCUGACAAGCAAGCAAGAAGCGAGACGAAGAGCAAGGCCGGCACACAAACAAGCACACUCUCAUCAUCCUCAAACGCUGUGUAACAGAACACGACAACACCACAGCAUACAAGGCAAGGUCAACCAUGUUUCGGAAAGAGCAGAAGAAGAAAGGGGCCAAGGUACAGGUGAAGCAGUCUGGGGUGCGGCGGCUGCGCGCCAGCAUCACAGAGGCGUAUCCUCGGGUGAGCCAGGCACAGCUCGACGGCCUGGUGCCCGUGAACGGCCUGAUCAAGCAGCAGAAGUUUGCCUCGCACGCGUCCGCCUACUACUACGAUGGGCUGCCCGUCUUCUUCACCGUGCACCCCAAGGGCGGCAAGGAGGAGCUCUUGCCCACGCUCUACUCGUUGCACAUUGCGCCACAGAUCAUGCCCUCCGUGGAGGUGGCGCCCGGGCUGCAGCGGAAGAUCUGCACCAAGCACGACCGGCUCUUCAUGCCGGGCGUGCUGAUGCGCCAGCCGCCCUCUCCGCGCGUCUCGUGGGUGACGUACAACUUUGGCCGCUUCAACAAGGGCGACAAGGUGCUACUACACGAACAGGGCGUGUGGUUUCCGUUUGCCAUCGGCGAGUGGCUGCUGGACUCGCGCGACCUGGAGUUCAAGGGCGCCGUCGGCGAGAGCAUCGGCAUCCUGCACCACAUCGACGACACCCUGUGGCUGGAAGGGCAUGCGCGCAUCCCCACGGAGAAGCCAGACAUCGUGGACGAGGCCAUCCAGGAGCACGAGGACAAGAUUGUGCAGCAGGCGCACGCGCGCGCCCAGGCCGCAGUGGACAAGCGCAACCAGGAGCGGCUGCGGGCGAAGAUCGCCGCUGCGGAGGCCACGGUCGCCGCACACCCGAAGGAGCACCGCAAGGCAACCAAGGCGCUGCGGGCCAUUGCCGACCUGAAGGAGAAGAAGGCACAGGGCGCAUCGCUCGACCCGGACCAGGAAGCCAAGCUUGCCCGCGAACAAGAACUGAGUGCAGAGGUGGAGGAGCUGACGCGAACGUUCGCGGAGGCAACGGCGUUUCUUGAGUCGCCGCACCUUACGCCCGAGGAAGAGGAGCACGUGCAGACGGAGGAGGAGGAAGGGAGGGAGGAGAAGGGCGCUGCUGAAGGGAGGGAGGUUGAAGGAAAGGAGGUGCAGGAGCAGGAGCAGCAGGAGCAGCAGGAGCAGCAGGAGCAAGGAGAGGAGGAAGAAGAGACACACAAGCAGGAGAAGGAAGAGACACACGGGCAGGAGGAGCAAGGAGAGGCAGCAACAGAAGAAGGUGCUGGUGAGCAGCAACCAGACACUGCAGCAGAUGCAGUGACUGCGACAGCACACCUGUCCUCAUCCACAACACAGACAUCCGAGCAAGACGAGCAACAGCUAGCAGGCAGUGAAGAGCACUCUGAAUCCCAAACCGAACCACAACCAGAACCACAACCAGAACCACAACCAGAACCGCAGCCACAACUUGAGGCACAACCACAACCACAACCAGAGCCGGAGCCAGAGCCGGAGCCGGAGCGCACGGCGGACGAGGUGGCCAAGCUGGCGCUGCUGCUGGCCAUCAAGACAACACUGACCGCAGACGCGCUGCCGUUGCUUGCAAGCACGGCCAUGGCACAGCACAUCAAGCCUGCAGCGUCGCGGCUGCGCGAGCGCGCGUUCAACAUCAAGGCCACGAAAUGGAAGCAGGUGAAGAAGUUUCUUGCCGCGAUGGCGGAGGAAGGGCUCAUCACCAUAUCCGAACCCGUGACCGGCAAACUCAUGAUUGACAGCAUCGACUACACGCACUCGGACCUGCUGUUUGACGUGGACGAUGUGGUGGUGCCACACGAUGACGGUGACAGUGAUGAUGAUGACGGGCUGUUGCGCGGCGUGGCCAUGGUGGAGAGCGAUGCGAAGCGCAAGCAGAUGGCGGCCAUCAAGGGCAAGCAGCCGCCGCGCAAGGGGAAGGUGAAGCAGAACCAGAAGAUCCUGGUGCAGUCGAAGCGCGUCAAGGGCCGCCAGCACGUCAUUGUCACGCGCUGGGACGACCUUGGACUGGAGGCGGACGCAGACACGUUGUCGCGACUCAAGCAGCUUGUCUCUGCGGCGGUGGACGUGAAGCAGAUUGCGGGCAGGAAGAAGAAGCAGCAGCAGAUUACGUUCCACUGCAAGCUCGCCCACAAGGCCGUGGACGCCAUGUGCAAGGUCUGGGGGCUCGAGAAGAGGCACUUUGACGUCAGAUGAGCACCAUCUCCAUGUGCUUGUGCUUGUGCUUGUGAUGUCAUGGGCACAAUAAACAACAACUCUUCUG